UUCAAAAUAACAUUUCUUUGGUCUCCAGAUCCACACCAUACAUAUGCAUCAUACAUACAUGCGUCGGAAUAUACAGACAGCGUCUUCUGCAAAUUACGUAUUGGCGGAUUUGCAAUAUAUGAAAUUGACUACAAUCACCAUAAAGUUCACUUACAAUUUACCCAAAAGAAUUACCUUUAAUCCAUGGAAGUGCAGUGGCUUCUGGUGUGCCACGGCCUGGUGACGCUUUUGGUGCUGGUAUCGUUCCUCUGCGGUAAUUGGCCCAUUUUCCAGGGCACAUUCAUUCAGCGUAUCCACUUUUUUCUCACAUUCGGGGCCUAUGAUUAUUUCCGGCGAUUUAUUCAUUUUGUGUGUGGGUCUAGAGGCAGUAAUGCCGUAAACUCAGUUGAAUACUAUUUUUGCGACCGGCCUAAUCCCAUUUUACAGAUAAUGUAUUUGGGUAUAAUUGGAGCUACCUAUUACUUAAUUGCAACAUCAUCCUUCAGCUACAUUCCUGGAUACUACUUAAGUGGACAGCACAGGUUCAUGAGCUUCUUGGCAGUUGGCGUCGGUAUUCUACUCUUCCUAUUGACUAGCUUUUCGGACCCAGGAACGGUGACUUCUGCAAAUGUCCCUCAAUAUCUUUCUGCUUAUCCUUAUGACAACAUUAUCUUCUCAGAGAAAGAAUGUUCUACUUGCAGGAUCUCAAAGCCCGCUAGGUCAAAGCACUGCAGCAUAUGUAAUCGCUGUGUUGCUCGGUUUGACCAUCAUUGUGGAUGGAUGAACAAUUGCAUUGGGGAGAGAAACACCAGAUACUUCAUGGCUUUUAUUCUUUGGCAUUUCCUUAUCUGCAUUUAUGGAGUAGUAGCCCUUGCAUUGAUUCUUGCUGGUAGGCUGAAAGAAUUAAAAGUAAUCUACAUUCUAACAGAGUAUUAUGGCAUCGAAAAUUCUUUUAGGGCUUUGGCUCCGCAAGUUGUACAGUGGUUGUUGGGCGCGUACAACACACAAAUACUUAUUAUGAUGUUUUUAGCCUUAGUUUCUCUGCUGUUAGCUGGAUUCUUCACAUACCAUGCCAAACUCUGUCUUACAAACACUACCACAAAUGAGUCUUUUAAGUGGCAAGAACACUUGAGCUGGCAGAGGAAGGUGAGCGAGGCAAAGGCAAGUGCAGAAGCUCUAAAAGCAAGUUUAGAUGAACUAGGUCAAGAAAGGAAGCCUCAAGAAAGCAAAUGGAAGUCCUUCUUCAGAAGAUCUCGUCUGGAAGAAUUGGAAGUUGUUAAGAAUAAUGUGUAUGAUCGAGGAUUUCUAAACAAUAUCCACGAGGUUAUCUUUCCUCUCUCUACAAGGAGAUCGUUUUGGGCAAAUAAAUCAAAGUCGGGUUAAGUUUUUCCUCAUGAUCCUUGACUCAAUUUAUGCCCAGCGAUCAUGGCUUCAAGGAGGAAAAUCAAAUAGAAAGCUGAGUAAUUAUCUUGAACAUUAUCCAGUUCAUAGCAAGAGCAUUCCAAUACAAAUGGUCCCUCCUAUUGCUCGGAUGGAGCAGAUAGUUGGUAUACUUUCAGUUGAAGGAACUUUGAUCUCAUCUGCACCUUUCUCCUUGGGGCAAUGUGGGACUCUGGUUUUCCGAGGAUGUAAAUUCAUAGUUGUGUAAACUUGUAACUGGACGGUGGUAUACUCAUCCAUACAUUUGCAAUUCUUGAUUCUGCUACUGCUGAAGGCUUGCCUGAAUUUUUGUUGUGGAUGUGCUGGGAGUGUAAUUUUACAUGGUUUUUUGUCUUAUUAAAAACUUGCUUCUUAUUCCUGAUUGGGACUGUAAUGAGUAUUUUCUAUUCCAGUGCAACAAAAACACCUUCGAGGAAAAUUAUGAUGAAGGUGUAUAGGUGCACUAUUUCACGGUGGGGAUUGCAAAUUUCCUUA